AUGUGCAUGGGUUCAUACACGCAUGUAUACAGUCUUACUCGCACGACCAUUCUGAGCCUCUGGUACUAUCUGCUUCACAGCAAAUUUAACCCUCCCCAAGGCUUUGAGUUACAAAAGUCAGAUAACUCCAAUAAGUCGGAUAUACUCAAACUACAUGUGGCUAUAGUCGUAAUGUAUGGCUAUUACUCAUGGACAGCAUCAUCAGCCACACAGGGAGCAGAGUCCCAAAAUGCUGAGAUCUCAGUCGAUCUGGGCCAAACAUCCGACAUCUCAGUCAAUCUCGGCGAAUCUUCUGCAAUCUCAGUUAACCUAGGCGAAUCAACCAGUCUAGUCGCAUACAUCACAAACAGCGGCGUCAUCGAAUCAUCUGCCACAGCAGCAACAAAUGACAUCAAAAAGCACAUCGCCAACAAAGCAGCCCUCAGCUCACCUUACAACCUCUUAUCCCUCCUCGCCACAGCGCAAGACAAACAAGUCGACUUACUCCCCAUAACAUGGGACGAAGCGACCUCCGACCGCGGCGGCCAAGCCUCCAUCAGCCAGUCCUUUUUCAACGAAAAGCUCAGCUACGUAUUCAAGCGCCUCCACCGAAACUUCAAGUACCCAGCCGACGAGAUCAUCGCCCUCAGAGCUGUCAUUUCGGAAAUCGUCGUGCUGGGACACCCUGAGAUUCGGGGUCAUCCGAACAUCGUGCGGCUAGUGGGCGUGUGCUUCGAGAUUGACGCGCAGACAAAGAUCCCGUGGCCUGUGUUGGUGCUGCAAAAGGCGGAGCAUGGGGAUUUGAAGAAGUUUAUAGAGUCGCCGCGGGGGAAAGGGCUGAGUCUUCAAGAGAGGCUAGAUUUGUGUAUUGAUGUAGCUGCUGCGAUUACUCUUAUGCAUCGUGAAGGCAUCAUCCAUGGAGAUAUCAAGCCAGAAAACGUCUUAAUCUUUGCAUCCGAAGCAGACAACAAGAUCAACACAAGAGUCACAGACUUUGGAUAUUCCACUCUCCACGCCGGCAACUCAUCAGAAGCGCAAAUCAGACUCCCCUUCUCAGUACCGUGGAACGCUCCAGAGACAGUCGCAGACCGCGACCGUUUAUUCUCUGUUCAUGACGCAAAACUGACCGAUAUCUACUCUUUUGGGAUGUUAUGCACAUGGGUGCUCUUUCACGACUCUUUGAGAAGCACGAUGAGGUUGUCGAGCAUGAAGAACAGUGGGCGGCUCAUCCAGUCUAUCCAAAAUUGGAUUCACAGAGUAGCUGGUCUUGACCCGCUUCAAAGGAAGAGUCUGUCGAAUUUCUUCUCUUCUGCCAUUGCGUUUGACCCGAAACAUCGGCAAUUGGAUCUGCAGGAAGCAAUGAAAGGCUUUGCUCAGCUUGUUGUGCCACCUCUGGAAAACAACGGCUUCAGCACUUACGAAAUGUACAUGCCAUAUCUCGGCGUGCUUCCUCACCACAAAGACUUUGACGUCGAAAAAGCCCAAACAGAUCACUACGCCAAGUCUAGCUUCAGCUUAUACGAUGCCUAUUUCCCACACGAGUCAGCAUUUGCGGGGGAAAUCAGCCCUAAUUUCAACAUCCCAAAAAGCUACAGACAGCUGAUGGGGGCAGACUACCGGCUCUGGAGCCACAUUUUCAGGCUAACCAAGGCCAAAGCGGAAUCGUCAUCCGAGGACUCGCGCCCUUUUGCCUUUCAGACGGCCUUUUGCUACGCCGUUGGGUUCGGCACGAAUAUGGACGAAUCGGAAGCCAGGCUCUGGGUCCAGCGGAGCGGUAGAGCCUGGCACGAUCUCAGGGCCGAGAUCGAGUCGUGCAAGGCAGACCUGACGCCCCUGGUAUAUAAGAACCUCGAGACAGAUUUUUCGCCAAUGCGGUACGUGAAUUACUACGAACAGAUGGAGCAGCUGGCAGAUGUGCUCGAGGUCUACAAUGCUGCUGUGCAUAAUACGGCAAUGGUCCUAGGCGAUAGCCACCCAGUGUACUUGCAUCUAAGCCAACUUCGGGAGCUGCUACUCCUUCGAAAGGGGGACUAG